CGAAAACUCCCAACCUACGUCACUUCCGGUGACUCUUCUAGCAGGUGCCACUAGUAAAGAUGGCGGCUACCAUUGCUUUGUAAAGAUGGCGGCGUCUGGUAUUUCACGUGCAGCCCGAGUGCUGGCAGAAAAGAUCCGAUCAGAGAAAACAUUUCCUAGAAAAGAGAGAACAGACAGAGAGAAGAAUCCUCCCCUUCAUGUGUCACUGCGAGGAUUAAAGAGUCGAAUUGUGAAGGAAAAGUCCGAUCUGGUCCUGAUAAACAAACCUACUGGAUUGUCUGUGCACGGUGGCCCUGAUGUACAAUACAGUGUAGCAUCUCUACUUCCAGCGCUCGCACAAAAACUGUUUGGGAGAGGUGCAGAGCCGCUGAGACUUUGCCAUAGAUUAGACAGAAACACCAGCGGAGCGCUAAUCCUGGCCCGGAGUGAGGAAGCCGCUCACCAUGUGCAGGAGCUCCUGCGAGAGCACAAAGCACAGAGGGUCUAUUGGGCUCUGUGCCUCGGGGUUCCUUCUCCUCUGGAGGGAAUUGUGGACAUUCCAAUAAUAGAGCGUGUGACCCCCGGACCACAGAAGCACUACAAGAUGACUCUUUGCCCUCGGUUCCGUGCCUCUUCAGAUGGCGCUCUACAGAGAAUGCAUGUGAGCCACUCUGCCCGGGAAGCAGUGACACAAUAUCGGGUUAUCGGAGAGUCCACCGGUGCCUCCCUGCUAGAGUUGCGACCAAUCACAGGAGUCAAGCAUCAACUAAGGGUCCAUCUCUCUCUCGCUCUGCAUUGUCCAAUUCUUGGAGAUCACAAAUAUUCUCACUGGGGCCGACUUGCUCCUCAGAAGCCCCCACCGUCUGUUCUUCAUGCACUGGGUCUCAAAUUACCUAAGGCUCGGUCUCUCUCACUGCAUCUUCAUGCUGCACAGAUCACAUUGCCAGCUUCACCAGGCCAUUCACCCAUCGUUCUGCAGUGCCCCCUACCACAUUAUUUUCUCAACUCCUUGCGUGACCUUCAUAUUCCACUACCUGACCUGCAGAACCUGGCCCCCUCAGAAGAGUGAUGCUACCCACACUUGAUUGCAGAGCCUGACGACUGAGAACUGAUGCUACCCCCUGCACCCCCACACUUUCCUGCAGAGUUUGACUCCAGGGGACUGAGAUCCACCUACCUCCUACCACACUUUCCUGCAGACCCCUUACCCCUGUACUCCCCACACUUGCCUGACAUUAACAAAGAAAACAAGGAUUAUAAUAAAAUAUUAACCUUUAUUUAGUAAA